AUGAGGGUCGUGGAGGACAUGGCAUGGGAGGUAUGCAGGACGGUGGGGGAGCUGCCGGAGAGCGCGUGCUCGAAGCUCUACGAGAACCAGUGGGCCUGCGUCUCUAUGAUGAGGCUGAUGCCUCCUCUCGGCAGACAGCUGCUCAUGCGCCUCGUGCAUCUCGGGCAAGAGCGGGUGGAGCUGCUGCGAUGGGUAGACGAGGGAGAGGUUCAGCGACAGAGGUUGGAGGAGGUUGUGAGGAAAAUGGAAGAAGUUAAGAUUCUGUACUUGGACGAAGAUGUGAAAGAAUCAGAUGGUGUUUCGGUCAGGAUCAAUCCAACGUUCAGCGAGAGGAUCCUCCAGUUCCUUUUGCAGAGGGAUACGUCUCCAUGGAGCAAGGGAAGGAUCAUGGGAGAUAGUCCGGACACGACGGCUGAGGAGCUCCAACAAUGGGCCCAAAAUCGAUGGGAGAGUAUCCUACACUACAUGGUGAGUCCGGGACUAGAUCCCAUGAAACGGCCCGAGCCAGGAUGGAAGCCAACAAAGUGGGUGAGGGGGAUUCUGGUAGGGGAGGACAAGAACGGAAAUAGCUUCAUGAUGUCUCUGCAAAACCUUGCGCCGAAAAUCACUGCCUUUGGGUUUCAAUUCUUACUUCGUCCUCUUCGCAAUCAAAUCCUUCAGAUGCUGAUGCACGUGCUCACCAAGAAAGGGUCCGAGAACAAGGACCUUCAGGACAGUCUCUCGUGCAUUUUUCAGCUCAGCUUCUGCACUCUUGGGGCGGGAUAUCGUUUGGACCUUCUGUCUCGUAGCAACCAGGAGCUGAUAACUUCUUUACAUGACCUGGGAGCUGUAUACUUCAAGCCGAACGAUAGACAAUACUUCUUCCCAACACCACUGAUCGUCAAUCUUUGCACAGAAAGUGAAGUUCCAUCAGGGCCCUCGACAGACGCAGGUGUGGCAGAUGAAUUCAGCGCAGAGCCUGCAGCUGGGAUCUUGAGGUUGUUUACUCGGCCGAUCUACAAAUUCCCGCACAUGAUUAUUGCAGUCAUCACCCGGGAGAGUAUCAGAAAUGCUCUGAUCAUCGAAUAUCUUAGAAUGCAUGCUCAUCCUCAGUGCCUUGAAAACUGGCCUAUUGUUCCAGAAGUUGUAACAGAUCAGAUCUGUUUUUGGGAACAAGAAAGAUGCCGAAUUCGUGCGGAACCAGCGGUUGCGUAUCAUAAUUUUUUCAGUGGGGAGGCUCAUAGAGCGUGCGAGAAAGAAGCGCGCAGGUUGAAAUUCAACGACAAGGGACCUGGCGAAGUUGCCAAGCGCGAAGCUUGCUUGUACAGCGACACCAGCGAACAGCUACUUGUGGUUCCUGAAGCUGCUGAUCCCCUCAUUCGCAAAUUUAUUGAAACGUCAAUAAACGAGUGA